UCUUCUCCAAGUGGUCCAAGAUGCGGUUCCUAACCGCCCUUGCUUCCACACUAUAUUUUUCUUCAGUUACAUACGCUUCCCCUUAUCAUCCAGACCUCACAUUCUACAAUCUCAAUGUAAACCAAUCCGCCCAGUCUCCUACAGAUUAUUCAACCACAAGAUCAAACAUCACCUACACCCCUUCUCCACAGAACUGGCGUUCAAUCCCAAUGUACACCGUCCUUAUGGACAAGUUUGCCGAUGGUGACCCUUCAAAUAAUCAGUUCUUCAACUCCCCAUAUGAAUGGGAUUGGAGAGAAACCCAACUUCGUUUCGGUGGUGACCUCAAAGGUCUAAUCUCGAAAUUGGACUACAUCCAAGGCAUGGGCGUCAAGGCCAUAUAUCUCUCAGGUACGAUAUUCUUGAACAUGAUAUGGCAAGCCGAUAGUUAUUCUCCUCUCGACUUCACCGUGUUGGAUCCUCAUUGGGGUACUAUCGAUGAUUGGGUAAACUUCAUCGACAUCCUACACGCACGCGGCAUGUAUAUCAUGUUGGAUUUCACAGUCGGAACAAUGUCCGACCUUCUCGGCUUUGAAGGUUAUAUAAAUGCCAGCGCCCCAUUCAGUCUCACUGAAUAUCCUGCAAUGUACAAAAACCCAAAGCACCUCCCCUGGGGUUUCGAGCAGUAUGUUGAUUUUUCCGUCAUCAAUGAGCGUAACCAUUCUUGCCAACUUCCCGUGUUUUGGCAAGAGGAUGGAACAAUCCUGCCUGCGACGGGAUAUGAUGGUUGUUACGAGUCCGACUUUGACCAAUAUGGUGACAUGGACGCCUUUGGUGUUCACCCUGCCUGGCAGCGUCAACUUUCCAAGUUUGCAUCUGUACAGGACCGUCUCCGCGAAUGGAAGCCUUCAGUUAUGGACAAACUCACUACCUUUUCCUGCAUGGCCAUCACAGCCCUUGAUAUCGAUGCCAUUCGUGUCGACAAGUCCACGGAGAUCACCGUCGAUGGCCUAACCGCUUGGGCAUCUGCAACUCGUGCUUGCGCCACUGAUCUUGGAAAGAAGAACUUUUAUAUCACCGGUGAAGUCACUGGCGGUGACACCUUUGGGUCCCUAUACCUCGGACGUGGCCGUACCCCGACUAUGCUGCCCCCCGGAUUCCUCGCCAACUCGACAGAAUCCGAAAACCAGUAUUUCUUGCGCCCACAGUCGUCGAAUAGCCUCGACGGCUACGCGUUCCAUUACGCGAUAUACGGCUCCCUCAUCCGUUUCCUUGGACUGGACGACAAAGUGGAUCACAAUACCAACUUCAUCGCCACUUGGAAUCAGAUGCUCGUGACCGACGACUUCUUGAAUCCAAACACCGGCCUUGCCGAUCCGAAGCAUUUAUUCGGAACAAGCAAUUUCGAUGUUUUCCGUUGGCCCAGUUUGGCGAAUGGCACAUUGAGAUCUGCAUUGGCGUCUUAUAUCACGUACCUGGUCAUGCCAGGGGUUCCAUUGAUCUACUAUGGCGAGGAGCAGAAUUUCUAUCUGUACGACUCCACAGCCUCAAACUAUCUCUUUGGCCGUCAAGCUAUGAUGAGCAACAAGGCUUGGCAGCGCCACGGGUGCUACAAGGUUGGAUCCAUCGAAUACUCCAACAUGCCGCUUGAGUCCGCCUUAACGGGAUGUGACGACGAUUGGAACUCGCUCGAUCAUUUUGAUCCCACGACGGACAUGCGUCGCCUCCUAAAACAUUUCUUGUACCUCCGAACCACCUACAACGCCCUCCAAGACGGCUUCGAACUCGUACAGCUUGGAAACUGGACCAACUUUGUCGAGUUCCCAGGUUCAAACAACAUCGUAACCGAAUUGGGCCUCUGGUCCGCAUCACGUGCAGGUAUACCGAACGUACAAAACCUGACAGGGGAGCACACCGAUCAGGUCUGGCUAUUGUACUCCAAUCAGAACAACUCACAGUCGUUUUCGUACGAUUGCAGGGGUCCGCUGUGGAUAUCGUCACCCUAUGUGGGUGGGACGACGGUGAGGAACUUGCUUUCUCCGUACGAGAACUAUACGCUCGUGGACUCGGGGUUGUCAUAUUAUAAUAACGGAGGGGGACCGUGGUAUGGGUGUCUCCAGAUGGUGGAGAUGGACACGUUCGGCUUCAAGGCUUUGGUUCCUAUCAGCGAGUGGGUCCCUGCCCCCCCUAUGCUCACCAAUUUCCUGCCUGGGCAUGACGCGCGCAUCGAAGUCAUGUGGGGGGAGCCAAACGCCACGAUUGUGAACCUCGUGCUAGAGUUCAAUGUGGCAAUGUCGUGUGAUAGCGUCACACAGAGUUUAUCGUUCAACAUGUCGUCCUCUGGCAUCGGUGGGCAGCCUACGCUCAACCUGACUUCGGUGGUGUGCAAUGCUGUCACAAAUCCCACCAUGUCGUCCGUUGCGGGAACUCCGUACUCGCAGUGGUCGUGGUCUGGUACACUGACCGAUGUUUCGGAUGGGAUUUUGGAGAUUAUUGUUAAUAAUCCAACAUCAUUCGAUGGGACGCUGUCUACUGGGAGCAUAGAUCAUCUGCUGCUGCGCAAGGGCGAAGCGAACAAUGUCAUAGUGUUCCCCGAGUCCGAUUAUGAUAACACAGAUUUCAACUACACUGACGGCCAGUAUACAUUCACGCACCGUGCUUACGGAGCGGAUAUGUUCAGGUACUCAGGCGACUUCACACUGAGUUGGUCUAACUGGACGAAUUGGGAGAAUGUUACGACCAUACCCGCUGAUGUCCUCAGCAAUUCUGAUACUUUCUGGACGGGACAACAUAUCAUAGUACAAUAUUGGAGUGGUGUCGCGACUACCUCCAGCGUCGUCGUGCAUGCAGAUCUGAACUACAAGCAGCAGCGUCGCGUUCCCCAGUUCCUCGCUCGAGGUCCUUUCAACGACUGGGGUUAUGACCAGGGUAUCUCCAAUGCGAUGAACCUAGUCAGCGAUGGCACUUGGGAGCUCGAAAUCAUGGCUGCGUGGCCAACGUACCUGCAACUCAACGUGUUUGGGUACGAUGAUUACUACUACGGUGACGUCGACGGGGACGGCGUUAUGGAUCGGCUACCACCAAACAGCAUUGCGCUCAACUACCUGAAUUUGUCGGCACCCCCCUAUCCUGCGCUCGCAUGGACACUCAUUGUUGAUGAUGCCACGUUGGAGUGGACUCUUGAACCUCGUGGCCAGGCUUCUGUCAGCGCUACCAUGUACGGGCUCCUCUGCUCUCUCUCCCUCAUUACCGGAGUUCUCGCAGUCGUCAUUUUCAUGUACUCUUUCUACGGCAUCCGCCACAACCUGUACGGCGUGCAAACAAAUCCGGGCGCAAACAAGUGUUCCCCUAUCAUCGGAUCGCUCGAUAACAAGUCGAUCAUGUACUUCAAAGGGAACGUGACGCCUAUCAUGGAGAAGACCUUUGGGCACAAGCCGAAUGCGGAGAUUAUAGGAUGGCCAGAGGACAGGAAUAAGCUGCGCAAAGUCCUCAUCGCGACGCUGGAGUAUGAGAUCAUUGACUGGAAACUCAAGGUCAAGAUCGGAGGUCUCGGUGUGAUGUCAUCGCUCAUGGGAAAAGCUAUGACGGACGUUGACUUGAUCUGGGUCAUUCCAAAAGUGAAGGACCUAGAUUAUCCCGCUGGUGAACCUGCGGAGCCUAUCGAGGUUAUCAUCUUCAAUGAGCCUUAUCGCAUCGAAGUGGAGACGCACGUGUUGAACAAUAUCACCUAUGUCAUCCUCGACAGCCCCGUUUUCCGUACACAGACCAAAUCAGAUCCGUACCCAGCCCGCAUGGACGAUCUCAGUUCCGCCAUCUUCUACUCUACAUGGAACCAGGCCAUCGCAACCAUCAUCCGCCGAUUCCCCGUCGUCGACAUAUAUCACAUCAACGACUACCAUGGUGCGCUUGCUCCGAUUUACCUCUUACCCAAAGUAGUACCCGUCUGUCUCUCGCUGCACAAUGCCGAGUUCCAGGGUCUAUGGCCGCUUCGAACACAAGAAGAGGUGAAAGAAGUCUGCUCCGUGUUCAACAUCAGCAAAGAGCACUGUACGAAAUACGUCCAGUUUGGAAACACGUUUAACCUGCUUCACGCUGCUGCGUCGUUUAUCAGCGUUCAUCAAAAGAGCAUCGGUGUCGCUGGAGUGUCGGACAAGUAUGGGAAGCGCAGUUGGGUGCGGUAUCCUGCUCUGUGGACCCUCAAGUAUGUCGAUUCACUGCCUAAUCCUGACCCUACGGAUAUCGUGGCUUUGGAUGAGAACCCGGUGGCUAUUCGUGAAGUGCAGAUCAAUCAGGUUGUUGAGGCGCAGCGUCCGGAGAUGAAGAGGCAGGCUCAGGAAUGGGCGAAUAUCAAGCAGGAUCCCAACUCUGAUCUGUUUGUGUUCGUUGGUCGGUGGUCGAAGCAGAAAGGUGUUGACCUGAUUGCGGAUGUUAUGCCAUCGCUUUUUGAGAAACGCCCUUCGAUACAGUUAAUUUGCGUCGGACCUGUCAUUGAUCUUUAUGGUCGGUUCGCUGCGGAUAAACUUGCUCGGUUGAUGGAGAUGUACCCUGAUCGUGUUUACUUGAAACUGGAGUUUACUGUGUUGCCGCCUUAUCUGUUUAGUGGUGCUGAUUUUGCUCUGAUUCCUUCUCGUGAUGAACCGUUCGGAUUGGUCGCCGUCGAAUUCGGGAGGAAAGGUGCCCUUGGUGUCGGUAGUCGACUCGGUGGUCUUGGGUUGAUGCCUGGAUGGUGGUUCCCUGUGGAAUCUACCUCGACGGACCAUAUGUUGUCUCAGCUUUCGAAGACGAUCAAGCUGGCGUUAAAAUCCACAGAGGAAGAAAGAGCCAUGCUUCGUGCUCGGUCAGCUGUUCAGCGUUUCCCAGUCGUCGAAUGGCGUCAGCGGAUGGAAGACAUGCACCGACGGAGUAUAAACGCGAGCCGAAAGCGAGCUGGUUCAAACGCUUGGCGGGAGGCGGACUGCGGGACUGAGCCCUCUCAGCAUGCGUUUCCGGAGGCAGAAGAUUGGAACCCUGUCAAUCAAGGACUGCCUGUUCAACCUGACUGGGAUGCACAGAGCGCCAUGUCAUCCCCAAGAUUUAUGCUUAGUUCUCCUGGAAGCCAGGCUUCAACGCCCCACGAUGAAAGCUUUCCACCUGGUCUCAACUUCAACCGCGACUCCUCAUACCCAUUGGAUCCUUCUGAUAAGGGACACUCGUGGCAUAGUUUCGCGACUACUAGUAGUCGGUCUGGGCACAGUGACUUUUUGGAGAAAGCAAACAGGACGAAUAUACGAGAUGUGCCAGAUCCUUUCUUGAGUCCGGCGCCCCCUUCGAAACCGUUCGGGUCACAUUCUCAGGCUCCAACGGCCUCCAUUGGCAGCAUCAUGAAAGAAAAGACCAGCUCACCGCUAAACAAGGCUAUUGUGACGUUUACGGAUUCUGAUGGCGGCGUUGCCUCAGACUUUGUGCAAAAGCUGCAAGCGUUGAACUCGGACAACUCCAAGGGCGAACUCUCUAUUGAGAAGUACCUCGUCAAGUCUGAGGAGGCUUUCUUCGAACGUGUGAGACGAGACAAAGUGUCCAGUGCAACCAGUCACACUUCCUCGCACCGGGAGUCUAUCCAGACCAUGCUGGCUCGACGAAUUGGAGGCUGGCCGUUGUAUACUAUCACCAUUGCUCUUGGCCAGGUGCUUGCUGCAAACAGCUACCAAAUGACUUUGCUCACUGGUCAAAACUACCAGAGCAACAUCCAGCUAUAUGUUCUCGGCGCUGUAUUCUUGGUUUCGUCUUUCGUUUGGUAUACGGUGUUCCGCUUAAAGCCUUCUGUCUACGUUCUUUCUGCUCCCUGGCUCUUCUAUGGCAUAGCAUUCUUUUUGAUUGGCAUUCCCUCAUUAUCACCGAAAAUUCGAGAAACUCAUACCAUCUUAUCGGACAUUGCCACUUGGUCAUAUGCUGUCGCUUCUGCUGCUGCUUUCAUCUUUUUCGGCUUGAACUUUGGAGAAGAAGCGGCUGCUCCUACUGAAGUCUGGAUACUGCGCUCUUGCAUUGUACAAGGUUCUCAACAGAUCUGGGUGGCUGCCCUAUGGUACUGGGGUAGCACACUGAAUACUGCGACGCCUGGGUCUGUUACGCCUUGGUGGAUUGUCUUUAUCUUGUGGCCGCUCUCAAUAAUGUCGUUUGCGUUUGCAUACUUGACGCUGCACGGGCUGCCAGAGUACUACCAACAAACUCCUCCGAAAGUUCCAAACUUCCUCAAAACUCUCUUCCGAAGGAAGCUAGUUCUUUGGUUCCUCGCGUCUGAAAUCUUACGUGAUUAUUGGCUCAGCGGUCCCUACGGUCGCAACUGGAGUUUCCUGUGGAAUGUUCCGAUCCCCAAGUGGGCGAUCUUGCUUCUCACAAUCUUCUUUUUCGUCGGUGUCUGGGCUCUCAUGCUCUAUAUCCUCACGUCUUUGAGUAAGACCCAUACUUGGUUGUUGCCCGUGUUCGCUGUCGGCCUCGGUGCUCCGAGAUGGUGUCAGACAUUGUGGGGCACCUCGUCUCUCGCGCUCUAUAUCCCGUGGGCUGGCUCAGGGGGACCAUACCUUGGUCUUGCUCUGUGGCUUUGGCUCGGUGUUUUGGAUGCUGUACAGGGUGUGGGCUUGGGAAUGAUUCUCCUGCAGACGUUGUCAAGAUUACACGUCUGUUCCACACUCGCUCUCGCUCAGGUCAUUGGGUCUAUUUGUGUUAUGGCCGCCCGCGCAACUGCACCAAACCGCAUCGGUCCAGGAAGCGUAUUCCCUAAUGUCGGAACAUGGGACUUCUCGCAUGGUCUCAAGGGCAGCCCGAUGGCCUCCGCUCCAUUCUGGCUGGCGCUGAUCUGCCAGAUUGUCAUUGUACUAGGUUACUUCUGGUUCUACCGCAAAGAGCAACUAGCUCGACCAUAGUUAUGCUAUUGCUAUCCACCGUCAUUCAUGUACAUACUAGAACCGUUACUCCAUUCAAGGCCUUCCUUGGAUACUUUCACUCGCUUAUAUUUUUUUCGCUGUUAGAUUAUAGGUUGUCAUCAAAUUUCUGGAACUCUGUACUCACUCGCACAUCACAUUGUC